GCCAAACCGAGCUCACCUCAUCGUUGACUCAGAGUCAGUACUUUCUGCUAUUUUUAAGCAAGUUAAUUAACCACGGUACAUUAAUCUUACUGUAGUUUUGUCCGUAAUUAAUAUACUUAUAUUUAACCUUGCUUCUUUCCCUCCUUGUUUUCUCCCGUGUCACUGUUCUCCGCCUUCACUCAUUCCUACUUCAGCUCAUUCUACCUCUCGACUAGUGCUGAUCCUCUGCAACCACUACAACAGUAUACCACAACCACUACAUCCAACACAAUGGCAGCUCCACGCUCUACCUCGUUACGUGCUCUUCGUAUCCUCUCACAGCAGCACACCGCUGUUCCCAACAUCCGCCGUGGCUUGCACAUCACCGGUGCCAACUCGGCCCAACCCAUCAACAGUAGUGCGGACAGGACCACUCUAUUCUCUUCUCUCAGUCUCGCGGAUCUGAAGCGGGAGUGUCGGAGGAGGUCACUCCACGCCGACGGGCCCAAACCUGAGCUCAUUGAACGUCUAGCCAACCAUGACAUGCUCCAGUCUCGUGCUUUUAGCAUUGCGAUGAGAAGAAUCAACGGGAAUGCCUUUUCAGACCAACCAUCCACCAGACGCCAGAUCAACACCUCCCGUUCACAGAAGACGGUCAACGACUCAUCAACGGUCGAUCUCGUCUUCCUACCGUCCAUGGCGGAGAUCGAAGCUCCUACACCUCGGGCCGGUCCUCGCAUUCCGGUCUUUCCCGACAUCUACCGCAGCCAUGCAGACUUGGACGUCGAGUACACUCCCUCCCCGAUGAAGCCUCAGAUAUUCACCAUCGCCGAUAACGCGGCCAGUGCGAUGAGCGAGGUCGUCGACAACCACUCCGUCGAGAUCGACCCAUUCACCCUUACAGAGGCGGUGGGCAGAUCGCGCCAGGGCGAGGAGCUGAAGAAACAACAGGCGUUGCAGGAGAAAGGUCCUAUUAAGGAAUUCUGGGCUGGGUUCCUGGAUGAUCUUUUAGGACCUAAACAGGAUUCUGUGAGGAAAUAAUUUACUAUUCAUUGUCAUGUGUAUCUUUCAUUUGUCUGUUUUGUGUGUCCUCAGAUUGAACCAUGUCCCAUUGCUUUUAUGACAUGAAUUUUCUAUGAAUGAGCUUUCAACAGUGGACUCGGUGUAUGCUGUAUUGUUCAUUUCACUAUUCAAAUGCAAUGAACGCUGUACUCGACUAUAUGAAAGUAGCAAGUGAUGUAAUAUCCAUCUAUGACUCCGUAUCUCCACCUCAUCUAUCAAUCAAUCCAC